AUGCUUCCUUCUGUGGAACAGGAAACAGAUUGGUUUAAGUGGAUCCCCAGCAAGGCUAAUAUUCACUUAUGGAGAACGCUCAACAACCGGUUAGCAACCAGGGAUAACCUCAUAAAACGAGGAGUGGCAUGCAGCUCUGAUGAGUGCCCGACGUGCUUGGUUACGGUGGAGAACUUGGACCAUGUCUUCGUGAAUUGUUCCACGGCUAAGGCUAUUAAUGCGCAUAUGGCUUCUUGGGUAAAUUGGUGGCCGGUAAAUGCGACUUCGGUUCGUGACUUGUGGUCGGUGGUCUACGAGAUUGGUGAUAGUGGCAGAAGAGAGGUGGGCAAGGUGAUUAUGGCAGCUUAUUUUUGGACCGUCUGGACGCAAAGGAAUCACAAGACGUUUAGGGGCAAGUGCAAGUCUGAUAAGGAUGUUUGUAGCGACAUCCAAUUCACUGCGUAUGAGUGGAUUAGGUGUAGAGCGAAGUUUAGUAAGCCUUCUAGUUGGGAGAAUUGGAUUUGUAACCCGGUUGAUGCUGUGUACUCUGCUUGUAACUAG